CAUCGCAGCGAGCAGCGCCGCCAGCCAGCCCGUUCGAUCUGUGGAUGAGAUGAAUCAUGAGUUUCAAGCUCUUGCCCUAGAAUCUCGGGGAAUGGGAGAGCUUUUACCUGCCAAAAAGUUUUGGGAACCUGAUGAUUCAGCAAAAGAUGGACAAAAAGGGAUAUUCCUUGGUGAUGAGUGGAGAGAGACUGCAUGGGGAACUCCUCACCAUUCUAUGUCCCAACCUAUUAUGGUACAGAGAAAGCCUGGACAGGGUUUUCAUGGAAACAGUGAAGUAAAUGCUGUAUUGUCUCCACGAUCAGAAAGUGGUGGCCUUGGAGUGAGCAUGGUAGAAUAUGUGUUAAGUUCCUCUCCAGCUGAUAAAUUGGAUUCCCGGUUUAGGAAAGGAGCUUUUGGCACUAGAGAUGCUGAAACAGAUGGACCUGAGAAAGGAGAUCAGAAAGGCAAGGCUUCUCCAUUUGAGGAGGACAAAAACAGAGAUCUUAAACAAGGAGAUGAUGAGGAUGUUACUAAAAUAAAUGGCAGAGGUUUGCCAAAUGGAAUGGAUGCCGAUUGCAAAGAUUUUAAUCGUACCCCUGGAAGUCGACAAGCCUCCCCAACAGAAGUAGCUGAACGCUUGGGCCCCAAUCCCAGCACCACAGAAGGAUUAGGUCCACUUCCUAAUCCUACAGCCCACAAGCCUCUGGUAGAAGAAUUUUCAAAUCCAGAAAAUCAGAACCUAGAUGCCAUGGAACAAGUUGGUCUUGAUUCUCUACAGUUUGACUACCCUGGCAAUCAGGUACAAAUGGACUCUUCAGGAGCUACUGUAGGACUUUUUGACUACAAUUCUCAGCAGCAGCUUUUCCAGAGGACUAAUGCUCUGACUGUUCAGCAGUUAACUGCGGCGCAGCAGCAGCAAUACGCACUGGCUGCAGCUCAGCAGCCACACAUAGCAGGCGUAUUCUCAGCAGGCUUGGCUCCAGCUGCUUUUGUGCCAAACCCAUACAUUAUCAGUGCUGCUCCUCCAGGUACUGACCCAUACACUGCAGCUGGAUUAGCUGCAGCAGCUACCCUAGCAGGUCCUGCUGUGGUUCCACCUCAAUAUUACGGUGUUCCAUGGGGAGUGUAUCCAGCCAAUUUAUUUCAGCAGCAAGCUGCAGCGGCAAAUACUACAGCAAAUCAGCAAGCAGCUUCACAGGCACAGCAGGGACAGCAACCGGUUCUGCGUGCUGGAGCAACUCAGCGCCCACUUACUCCCAAUCAGGGUCAGCAAGGACAGCAGGCAGAGUCACUUGCAGCAGCUGCAGCAGCAAAUCCUGCUUUGGCUUUUGGUCAGGGCCUUGCUACGGGCAUGCCAGGCUAUCAAGUACUAGCUCCUACUGCGUAUUAUGAUCAGACUGGUGCCUUAGUAGUAGGCCCUGGAGCAAGAACUGGCCUUGGAGCACCAGUCAGAUUGGUGGCCUCAACUCCUGUUAUAAUCAGUUCUGCAGCAGCACAAGCAGCUGCAGCUGCUUCAGCUGGAGGAACAGCAAACAAUCUCGCGGGAGCCACGAACGGUCUAUUUCGGCCACUUGGUGCCCAGCCACAGCAACAGCAACAGCAAACAAAUAGUAGCCUACAAUCCAAUUCAUUUUAUGGCAGUAACUCUUUGACCAAUAACUCCCAGAGCAGUUCCCUUUUUUCACAUGGUCCUGGCCAACCAGGAAGCACAUCUCUUGGCUUUGGAAGUAGCAGCUCCUUAGGAGCAGCUAUCGGCUCUGCACUUGGUGGAUUUGGCUCAUCAGUUGGCAGUUCUGCAAGUAGUAGUGCCACAAGGAGAGAUUCUCUAUCUACUAGCUCUGACUUGUACAAAAGAUCUAGUAGCAGCCUAGCACCCAUAGGGCAGCCAUUUUACAAUAGUCUGGGAUUUUCCUCCUCUCCAAGUCCAAUAGGCAUGCCUCUGCCAAGCCAAACGCCAGGACAUUCACUUACGCCACCGCCAUCACUUUCAUCACAUGGAUCCUCAUCCAGUUUGCAUUUAGGAGGACUGACAAAUGGUAGUGGUCGCUAUAUUUCUGCAGCACCUGGAGCCGAAGCAAAGUAUCGCAGUGCAGCAAACACCUCCAGUCUUUUUAGCUCCACCAGCCAGCUCUUCCCUCCUUCACGCCUCCGUUACAGUAGGUCUGACAUUAUGCCUUCUGGACGUAGUCGUUUGCUGGAAGAUUUCAGAAACAAUCGUUUCCCUAAUCUUCAACUAAGAGACCUUAUUGGACAUAUUGUUGAAUUUUCCCAGGACCAGCAUGGUUCUAGGUUUAUACAGCAAAAGCUGGAGCGAGCUACUCCAGCUGAGCGCCAGAUGGUAUUUAAUGAGAUCCUGCAAGCAGCAUAUCAAUUGAUGACUGAUGUGUUUGGAAACUAUGUAAUACAGAAGUUCUUUGAGUUUGGAAGCCUGGAUCAAAAGCUAGCCCUAGCAACACGCAUUCGUGGUCAUGUUCUGCCGUUAGCCCUUCAGAUGUAUGGUUGUCGUGUUAUUCAGAAAGCACUUGAGUCAAUCGCACCUGACCAGCAGGUAAUUAAUGAAAUGGUGAAAGAGUUGGAUGGUCAUGUUCUGAAAUGUGUGAAAGAUCAAAAUGGAAACCACGUUGUACAAAAAUGUAUUGAGUGCGUUCAACCCCAGUCACUCCAGUUCAUCAUCGACGCGUUCAAAGGACAGGUAUUUGUACUUUCAACUCAUCCAUAUGGUUGUAGAGUAAUUCAGCGUAUUCUGGAACAUUGCACUGCUGAGCAGACUUUGCCAAUCUUAGAAGAACUGCAUCAGCACACAGAGCAGCUAGUGCAGGAUCAGUAUGGAAAUUACGUUAUUCAACACGUACUGGAGCAUGGUCGUCCUGAAGACAAGAGUAAAAUAGUUUCAGAAAUACGAGGAAAAGUUCUAGCUCUGAGUCAACACAAAUUUGCAAGCAAUGUGGUAGAAAAAUGUGUAACUCACGCUUCUCGUGGUGAAAGAGCUUUACUUAUUGAUGAGGUCUGUUGCCAGAAUGAUGGUCCUCACAGUGCCUUAUACACCAUGAUGAAGGACCAGUAUGCCAACUAUGUUGUUCAGAAGAUGAUUGAUAUGGCUGAACCUGCUCAGAGGAAGAUAAUAAUGCACAAGAUUCGACCCCACAUCACAACUCUGCGUAAAUAUACCUAUGGCAAACACAUUUUGGCCAAGCUGGAAAAGUAUUACCUGAAGAACACUGCUGAUCUGGGGCCAAUUGGUGGACCACCGAAUGGGAUGCUGUAAAAGAGGAAAAGAAAUGGAAGACAAAAAUUGCAUUGUGAAUGAUCAAAACAUACAACUU